AAGCGCAGUCUUUAUGUGUGAUCUUAAUCACUUACAUCACACCUUGCUUCUUGGCUCCUUACCAUAUGCCUACUUCACAAUGCCCCUCAACACCACACAACUCCCGCACUGCAUCUUUAUUGAACGUAUCCACUGAGGGUGUCCUGCAGAAUCGAUGGACCGAUAGCUCCCAGGAGGAGAGGAAGAGAUUGGAGAAAUGCUGGGGAUACAUGGAUUGCGGGGAUUGCCAUCGGAGUGAUGGGUUCUGUGGGUGGUGUGCGCUUUCAAAUACCUGCCUCCCCCUCCCCAACACCCGCUUCUCCCGCACCCUCCCCCUCCUUUCCCCGCUAACCCACCCAAACAUAUGCGCCAUGGGCUCCGAGCGCUUCGAACUGCGCACGACGGGGCUGGGCUGCCAGGUGUCCACCAUCACCUUCUUGACGGCGCUGGUUACCAUCUUUUGUACGGUUUUUGGGGUGUUGGUGCUGGUUUGGGGUGCGAGGUUGUUGAGAUGGGGUUGGACGGGGGUGAAGGGGUUGAAGGGUGGGUGGGAGGUUAGAGGGGAUGGAGGGGAGGGGGUUUGGGUUAGGAAGGGAGAGGGUUGGGGGGAGUGGUGGAGGGGGGUAAAGGUGAAGGUGAGGGGAGAGGAGGACGAGUUGGCUGUUGAUGGAGGAUUGGGGGAGAGGGCGAGAUGGUGGUGGAAGAACAAGGUGAGAGGAGGCCGUUGCUGGGAUAGGCGAGAUUGAGAGACUGCCUAGAGGCUUUGAUUUUCUUUGGGUUUGAUCAGUUUCCGGGUCUCUUAAAGUUUUGAUAAUCUUGGUUUUCCGCAGCCCACAUCGUGUCGUGAAAGCCGGUUGUAGAGCAGGGACGAAAAGAUUAUGCCUCAGAUUAACGUCAACAUCAUUUCUCCUCUCCAUGUCGUGCUGGAAAGCUGAGAAAUCAGAGACAAAUCGCAAACGUUUGCAAUAAAUGGUUUGAAA